AUGGAUGCUCAUUCAGACAGCUGCGAGCCCCCACCAUGCGAUCCUCAGCCUCCAAGUAAAAUACGUAAGGCACUAAAGCUGUUCAGCAAACGCAAGCCAGGCAGUGGUGUAGCCAGUAUCUUCUCUGUGCGUGUUAAAGGUGAAGGUGAACUCAAAUCACUCCCAUCAAGGAGUAAAACCAUAGAUGGAUUAACAGAGACAGUGGCUACAGGAGCAGAGGCAGAAUCAGUGGACUUAGACCAGGAGGACAGCCACAAAGAGGAUGCUGCAUCAGACAAGCUGACAAGCAUGAAGAAUAAUCUGGAGUCAACCUCGACCAGACUAUCCAUCUCUUCUCUUACUUCGGCCAAAUCAUUGAGCUUCCUUAGCAAGCUUCGGCGGAAUCGGAAGGGAGGAGGUGGAGAAAGACUAGCCCAAACUGAGACCUAUAGAUGUGGGCAGCAAAGGAAAGGUCUUAAAAGUCUGUUUGGGAGUGUACGUUGGUACAGGAAAGACAAUGAGGAGGACAAUGAAAUUUUACCUGGUCCUCCUCUCCUUGCCUCUCGUUCUAAUAGUGUGGAAAUCAUGAAAGAAAACCUCACCCUGACUCCAAGGCCUGCACAUCACUCUACAGAUGAAUCAGAGUUUGAACAACAACCCCUUCCAUCACAGGAUGACCAUGUCACCUCUGAGGACAGUAAUAAGGUGAGUGGAGCUGCUAAACCAUCAACUAAUGACAGACUGAGCACGCUACUUGGAGAUAUCUCAUCCAUAUUGAGCUUGGACUCAUUUGGAGGUGGGGGUGAUAUUGUUGCAGAUGUAGAAGCAGAAUGGGUCAAAGUCAGUAGUCGUGUGGAGGUAGAAGCUGGCACAAAUGAAGCUUUGAAAAAUGAGAAGGCUUUUUUAGCUCCAAAACCUACACUUUUUGCUGCACCAACCCUUAGUUCUACUUCAUCCACUAUGCUAUCUCCUACAACAAAACUUAAUUCUUCAUUUACACCACCCAAACCCAUGCCUAACACUACAACAAAACAAACACUUUCACCUCCAUCUACUCCAAGCCCUACUACUUCAGCUAAACUUAUCCUAUCCCAUAUAUUUCCCCCUACAUUUAGUCAUACAACAAAACCAGUCCCAUCCCCUGUAUUUAACCCUGACUGUUCCCCUAGCCCAUCACCAAACACAAUACCUAUCCCUAUUACCAUCCCUAAGUCCCCUCCCACCACACCAAAUUUAACUAUUCCAACCAAAUUUACUCUAACCCCUACAUCUCCACUAACUCCUGAGCCAUCACCUAAACCUUCCCCUACACUUUCCCCUGCUACUAUUUCUAAAACUCUUAUCUCACUCACAGAAAAAGCUCCAGAGCCUGCUGCUGCUUUUGCCAUUAUAACUGAGCCCACCCAUACCCCAAGUCCACCAACCAAACCCAUACCAGCUGCUGCUCCCACACCCAUGACAAGACCCAUUCACUCCAUAACUCAAGAUAUCAAGCACAGUAGUGCUCAAGUAACCAAAUAUCCUCCGUUCAUCACAUCAACUAAGCCUGUCUCAACUGCUCCAGUGAUCAGACCCAAAAUUGUAACUACGUUUGGAUUAUCAACCAGCCGCAACACUGCACCUAUCAUAAAACCUGAGCCCAAGCAAACUGCUCAUCAAAUAAAAUCAGGUCCCUUCCAUUCCCAGACUGAAAAAAAUGGGUCAGGGUCAGUUGUCCCAAAGGCUUCACCUGCAGAACCUGAACCUCCUCAUUUUGCGAAACACUUGUUUGGAGCUAGCAAUCAGCAAACCCCUGCGACUUCAUCUGCUACCUCUGAAAAACCUUCACAUAAGCUAGAACUCACUCAUACUUCUCUACCUUCUGGGUCUUCCCUGCUGCCAACUUUGUUGACAAGGCCUGCUCCAAACAUUGCUCUCUAUGUGCCAAGGGGAGAGAAAGGGCAGAAAGAUGUAGCAAGCCCAAGAGAGGUGGAGGACUCCCAACCUGCUUCUUCUUACAAACUAGAGAAAUCCCUAAUUACGAAGCCCACAACUCUCAGUAAGAUCCCUGUAAGUGGUGGGGGAAAGUCAAAACAGCACCAUAAAGAUGUCCAAUCCAAUGGUGAAGAGAAACAGUGGAACAUCCCAACACCAGUGCAUGAAGAGGAAACUCUGAUUUCUCUCUCCCAGGAAAGCAGCAGCAAGGAUACCCUGAGUUACCUCUCUACUGAAUCAGGGACCAUUAUUCCUGUCCUGUCCUAUAGCAAUGAAGAUAUACUAGACUCAGCAGCCCACCCCACAAUAAGGACAAUCAGCAUACCCAGGGAAUCCAAAAUUCCCAUCAAACCUGGUUCUACUGCAACCUACCACCCUUUGCAAGGGAAAACAGAGGUAGCACGCUCCAAGAUCCCUGUCUCUAGAGUGCCCGUUCGCCGAAUUAGCAAUAAGACUGGACUCACUUCCACAGCUGCUGCCACACGAAAAUAA